AUGAGAAAUUAUCUUCAAAUUUGCGCGCUUCUUCUCAUUGUGUCGACGAUCGAAGCGUGGAGCAACUGCAGUGUGGAAUCGAUUCGAAAUUUGCGCGUCAAGCCGAUAUUCCCGAAAAUUCUCAGACACGUCUCGCAUCGACGACAGGGUUUCGUAUUCGACAUCGUGCAAUGGAUCGUCGACGCCUAUUUCGGCAACACGAUCCACAAGGAGUUUGAUCCAAAGGUGCUUCUCGAGUAUUCGACGGCACUCGGCGACUCGAAACUCUGGGAAUCGCUUCAGAUGAUCGCGCAGUUCGACGUCGCUCGAAACGGCCUUCGCUAUGUGCUCAUUCUAAUGAUGUCAUAUUUUAUUUUACUAUGCUAUAUUAUCGUUAAUCGUCUGUUCAUUUUCAGCGAGAAUCGCACGUUUCACCGAUUCCACCACAUCGAGUACAUUUACGUGCCGAUUCUGCUCAUCACCACACCGUUGUCGUUCAUCGCGUUUUUCUCCAUGUGCGAUUCGCUUCAGAAUUAUCGCAUCAACGUCAAAGAGAUGACGGUGCUCACGAAUAUUGUUAUCGAUCGAUAUUUUCACGUCGUCUACGUUUACUUCGAACAACUUGAUUGCAUUGUGAGCGUCUAUGGACUUGACAAGGAGUUUUCGAGAGCUCAGAGAAAUUUUGAUUCGCUGAUUCGCCGAACCACACUGCCGUGGAAGUUGUUCAAGAAUCAACUGGCUUAUUUGGAAACGUUUUAUCACAUCUGCGUCUCAAUUCCGUAUUGCAUUCAGCUGAAUCUUUCGCUCAUCACAAUCGCGACCUUCUGCUUAACAGCUCUCAAAACCGAACGUCAGCUUCUUCUUGACGCUUCAACGCGAUUCCCUCCAAUUUCAGAUACCCUAGUAAUUCGAAUAAUUGGAAUGGUUAAUAUGCUGAUGAAGAAGCUUCCGAAGGUCUUUCUGCUAUCAUUUUUCCCGCAAAUGUCGUUCCAUGGGGUGGUCAUGCUCUUCAUCAAGUACACUUAUACAUUCUCCAGCUCAACUAUAAUGGCGUCAAAGGAUAAUUUUUACAAAGUCGACACUUUUCUGAAUAUUGAAUUUCAAAACACUUCCUAUCAGCUCGAGCUCAGCACUAUGGAUAUUGCGAAUAAGUCAUUCUACAAUUUUAUCAAAUAUGGCGACGUUCUUGAUAUUGUGAGAAAACUGAAGGGCAAUGAAACGACCGAUCAAGAUAAGCAGAUUAUGCGACUAUUGGAGGAGAGGGUCCGAGGAGUUUAUGGACUUAAGAGGGUGCAAAAAGUUAUUCAAGCGUGCAAAUCGAUUGAUCCGACGACGGAGCUCAAGUUUAUUGCUGGAUAUCAUGGAAUUCUUGUAAUAUUGCUAUUGAUCAACAUGAUAAUUCUCUCAUUGGCCUACCCUCGCCUGAAUCUCUACUAUGAUGAGUACAUCUAUGCGGAUCCGCCGGAAUUGGUAUUCAUGUCGCAAAAAACUAUUAUUCUGUCUUUCAAUCAAUUUUGGCAAGAAGAAGAAGCGCCAGAAGCCAUGUCGUUUGAAGAGGAUCUUCCUGAAAAGUAUCGCGGCCAGCGCAGAUGGUUGGGAAAAGAGCAUCAUAGCCGAAAAGCCAUGCUUUACAAUCAGGUCAAGGAUCAUCAGCUUCUUGAGAAGACCAUUAAGAAUCAGGAGAACAUGGAUCAGAAAAUCGUUGAGAAUGCUGCGAAGAAAUGCAAUGAUGACCUCGAACUCAACGAUUGCGGCGAGCUGCUCAAAUGUGCGCCGAUUGAUCAGCCGGCCGAGGUUGUUGAGAAGAAUUUUUUGAGACAAUAUGGCACAGUGUUUAAUUCGACUUCCACUUUUGCGCUUCACGAGAAGAAGAAUGAGGAUGAAGCUGGAUUUGAGAUUCGAACUGCGUCGACGUCGUCGGGACGAGGACAGCAUUAUUCCAAUUUUUCUGAGAAAAAUCGAGAGCUGAGCAAAAAGGGCGGCCAGAAAGAAGAAGAGCUGGCUACUGAGCCCGUCAUUCAGUACAACAUUUACAAGGCUCAGCGGAGCAAAGAUGUUGUAGGUGACGCACUAUUCCAAUUCAGAUAUAAAACUCAAAAAGAAAAUCGGAAUCGAAGAAAGAUCAUUGAGGAAUGGGAUUUUGACGAGGAUUAUGAUGAUUAUGACGAUCAGGAUUAUGAGGAUGUGAAUGUCGAAGAGGGUCCAACUCCAAGCUCGACGUUGAAUUUCGAUGAUUUGAUUGUGGAGAAGGUGAAGCAGAUGAGUUUGAAAGAGGCGAAUAGGAAGAAGCAUGAGAAGACGGAGCCAAUUGAAAAGAAGGCGAAAUUUGGCGACGAAAUGAGUUUGAAGCCAUUAAUGGAGCGAGACAACGGCUACACAUUUCAUGAAUCGUGCAUUUGCUUCAGUAAAAUUGACGGAUUCGAAUUCAACAAUGAGAUCGAGAAGUUGAGAAGUCAGAGAUUCGAGUUGAAGCGACUGAAUGCGAGAAGUGUGCUAGUCGAUUUGUCGAGCUAUUGCCGCGAUUCGAUGCUGGCCGUCACUCUCAAUCAUCUCAGCGAUAAUCGCGUGUUCGUGUUGGUCAAUUCGAACGUGAUGAGCCAUCCGUCGAUCGGCCAUCUGAACACCGAUGUUCGGACGCAAACGACGCUCGCCAACGCGCUCAUUGUGAUUGCGCGAAAUGUCGAGAUCAAUCGCGAAAUUAUUCGAUUAAUUCGAGAGCAAUCAAUUUAUCAACAUGGCUGCGCCAAUUUCAAAGAUCUUCGAUCCGAGAAAAUGUGGAAUAAUGUUGUGAAUAUGCGUUUGCCAUUCUCGAAUCGCCACGAAUCAUGGGCGAACUGCGAUCAGCUAAUGGCGAACGGCUUCAAACAACGCUGGCGAGACGUUCGCGACAUUUUGCGCGAUUUCGACGAGUGCGAUUCCGAUGACGACGGCGAUUUCGACGCGGUUCUUCUCGAGAAUUGCCAAUUUUGUUGCGAGAAGAGGCAAAUUUUUCGAAUGGAAAACGGCGACGCGAAAUGCCGACAAUGCUUGAAUCGUCAAUUCUGUAGGGAGUUUCGCGAGAAACGAUUGCCGAUUCAAUUAAAAGUCAAAGGCCUCAAAACCGUCGAUAUUCUCCCGUCGAUUGUUCCAAUGCCAAUCGUCAUUGAAUAUUACAAAUGUCUCGAGACGCCGCACUCGCCGAUGACGUGCGAGCAAUUCAAAAAAUGGAAUCGAAAAUGGAUCGAGAAUUGUGAGUUGUUCAACGGAGCGCGUUUGCCCUUCUCAAUUGCUGUGAUCUACACAGAUAGUCUCGCCACUUCACAGGGACAAGGCGAUGAGGCGAUCGUCGAGAUCCGAUGCAAAUGUCUCGCGCCGUCAUUCCGCGUUCGACUGCCUUGCGAGCAAGUCGAGUGCCCAAAAUGCCACGUCAUUUUUGAUCCGGCAACGAUGGAGAAGAAAAAAGUCUAUAUUGAGGUGAAAUCGCCAAGAAUGCGAAAAUUGCUAUUCUCGAGAAAACUGCCCUGGAAUAAAGAUCCGAAAUUGUAUUCGCCGGGAUCGUUUUAUGUUGGCGAGUUGCCAAAACUGGAAACAUUCAAGAUCAAAUCGAUAGCCCAUCUGCCACAGGCAAUUGUUGAGGUGUGCAAAGACGCUCGAACGGCAAGAUUGGAUGAAAAAGCGAACAAGAAGGUGCGAAAAUUGGCGCACAAUUUCGGCGCGAUCGAAAAUGACAUCGUUCGAGCGAUGCAGAGUGUGCCGUAUUUGGUGGAGUUUGUGAACGCUUGGAUGUUCAUGAGCGGCAAUCACGACAAGGUGCUGGAGAAGAAGCUGCGCAAGCUCGGCGAGCUUCGAGAAGCUCUCUGGAACGAGCUCGAAGCGAAUAGUGACAAUGUUCGCAGUACGCAAAACCAAUUAAAAAGUGACAUCGAGAAAUUAAUAACGAUGAUAUCAUAG